GAUUCGUCCAAAGUUUCCCGCGAAUAGUACGUCACAACCAGUUUCGCGCCACUGCUGCAGCCAACACAGACGUCCAAGCAGAAAGAGAUCCACUCUCCACAAUGUCAUCUCCAUUGUCAACUCCUGGUGGCCGCAAAAGAGGAAGGAGCACCAACCCAUCUACACCCAGUAGUGAUGCCCCCACCUCCUCGCCUGCGUCACAGCGUCGCAGGACACAGGACUCUUCCGCAGGUGACCUGAUGCCCAUGCCCACCUCACCUGCCACCGACCUUCUCAGUCCAGUGGCACCGCAGGACACGUCUCUUUUCUCCAGCCCCCGACCUUCAGUCCUCCCGAAUGAUGUGGACAUGAGCUCCCCUCUCAUGUAUGGGACCCCCAGCUCCAGGGUGGAGGGCACCCCGCGGAGUAGCAUCCGGGGGACCCCUGCCCGCCAGCGUCCAGAUCUGGGUUCAGUAAGGAAGGCUCCCCAAGUUGAGCUCCAAUCAGAGCCGCCCAGUGGUGAGGCGGCGGUCACAAGCGAGCCCAAUGCUGGCCAAAGGCUGGUCAUUUGGGGCACGGAUGUCAACGUGGGUGCAUGCAAGGAGAAGUUUCAGAGGUUCUUGCAGAGGUUCAUCGACCCGUCCUCCACUGAGGAUGAGAACGCCGGCCUGGACCUCAAUGAGCCUCUUUACAUGCAGAAGCUGGAGGAGAUUAGUGUGGUUGGCGACCCCGUGCUCAAUGUCAAUUGCAGCCACGUGCAGAACUUCGAUGCUGAACUUUACAGGCAACUCAUCAGCUACCCGCAGGAAGUCAUCCCGACCUUUGACAUGGCGGUCAACGAGCUCUUCUUUGAGCGCUUUCCAGACUCCAUCCUGGAAUACCAGAUCCAAGUGCGCCCUUACAGCGCCAUAAAGACCAGAAACAUGAGGAGCCUCAACCCAGAAGACAUCGAUCAGCUGAUCACCAUCAGCGGCAUGGUGAUCCGCACCUCACAGCUCAUCCCUGAGAUGCAGGAGGCUUUCUUCCAGUGCCAGGUGUGCGCCUUCAGCACCCGGGUGGAGGUGGACCGUGGGCGCAUCGCCGAGCCGGCCGUGUGUCGCAACUGCAACACCACCCACAGCCUGGCACUGGUCCACAACCGCUCGGCCUUCUCCGACAAGCAGAUGAUCAAAAUUCAGGAAUCGCCUGAAGACAUGCCAGCCGGUCAGACACCUCACACGACCAUCAUUUAUGCCCACAAUGACCUGGUGGAUAAAGUGCAGCCUGGAGACAGAGUCAACAUCACUGGUAUCUACCGUGCCGUCCCCAUGCGGGUCAACCCACGCCAGAGCAAUGUCAAGUCGGUGUACAAGACCCACAUUGAUACCAUCCACUUCCACAAGACCGAUGAGAAGCGCCUGCACGGCUUGGAUGAAGAGGCAGAGCAGAAGCUCUUCACAGAAGAUCGCGUGCAGACCCUCAAAGAGCUGGCGGCCAAACCAGACGUGUAUGAGCGCCUCUCCUCCGCCCUGGCACCCAGCAUUUACGAACAUGAGGACAUCAAGAAGGGAAUUCUGCUGCAGCUGUUCGGAGGCACUCGCAAGGACUUCAGCCAGACGGGCCGCGGCAACUUCCGCGCCGAGGUCAACAUCCUUCUUUGCGGCGACCCCGGCACCAGCAAGUCCCAGUUGCUGCAGUACGUGUACAACCUGGUGCCCCGCGGCCAGUACACGUCCGGGAAGGGCUCCAGCGCCGUGGGUCUCACCGCCUACGUGAUGAAGGACCCGGAGACACGGCAGCUGGUCCUGCAGACCGGCGCACUGGUGCUGAGCGACAAUGGCAUCUGCUGCAUCGAUGAGUUCGACAAGAUGAGCGACAGCACGCGCUCCGUGCUCCAUGAAGUCAUGGAGCAGCAGACGCUCUCCAUUGCCAAGGCUGGAAUCAUUUGCCAACUGAAUGCCCGCACCGCCGUGUUGGCUGCCGCCAAUCCCGUGGAGUCCCAGUGGAACCCCAAGAAGACCACCAUUGAGAACAUCCAGCUGCCUCACACGCUGCUCUCCAGGUUCGACCUCAUCUUCCUGAUGCUGGACCCUCAAGACGAGGCGUACGAUCGGAGGCUGGCUCACCACUUGGUGUCGCUGUACUAUCAGAGCGAGGAGCAGAUAGAGGAGGAGUUCCUGGACAUGGCCGUGCUGAAGGACUACAUCGCAUACGCACGGACCUACAUCAGCCCCCGAUUAAGCGAGGAAGCCAGCCAAGCGCUUAUUGAGGCCUAUGUGGACAUGAGGAAGAUAGGCAGCGGACGUGGAAUGGUGUCCGCCUACCCGAGGCAGUUGGAGUCUCUGAUCCGCUUGUCCGAGGCGCACGCCAAGGUGCGCUUCUCAGAGAAAGUGGAGACCAUUGAUGUGGAGGAGGCCAAGAGGCUUCACAGAGAGGCCCUCAAGCAGUCGGCCACCGACCCCAGGACAGGAUUCGUGGACAUUUCCAUUCUCACCACAGGUAUGAGUGCCACAGCCCGCAAGCGUAAGGAAGAAGUGGCACAGGCCUUGAAGAAGCUGAUCCAGGCCAAAGGAAAGACGCCCGCCAUGAAGUACCAGCAGCUGCUUGAUGACCUCAGAGGACAGUCUGAAACGGCCAUCACCAAGGAGUUAUUUGACGAAGCACUCAGAGCCCUCACUGACGAGGACUUCUUGACAGUAACUGGGAAGACGGUCCGUCUCCUUGCUUAAGACACCUUGAGUUUAUGUACAGUCUUAUCAGUUUAUUUUAAUGUUAUUCUCUUUGUAUUGUUAAAAAAGCAAGUAUCAUGUCUUUGUUCAAAUACAGUGGAUGUCACUUUGGUUGUGCGGGGGGGGGACUUGGCACUAAUAUUUGGAAUGCUUUGUCACUUAUUUCUUAAGGCAUUGAGCACCUGAGAUAACCUAAAUGAUGAGCAUCUUCUGUCUUUUGCUGCCAUGUUGAUAGGGGAGAAUAAAA